AUGCUUUUGCCAGUCUUCGCAGUGCUUACAUUGUUUGCUGGAAGUGCAGUUGCCGAAUGCCCAUUCAAGUACCAAAAACCUGACGAUUUAGGGCAUACAGUCGACAAGUAUCCGCAGACUCCCGAUGGAUCCAGCAAAAAGGGUAUCUUCUAUAUGAAUCGCAUUUCGCCGGGAGGCUCACGUCUCUAUGUGGCCAAUUCCGAUGGUAGUAACAUGAAGCCACUCGAGAGCAACAAAACGGCAGGAUUCGACUUGCACCCUUCCUGGUCUCCCGAUGGUCAAUGGGUUGUGUUCACAAGUGAACGUCGUGGUGAUGGACAGGCUGAUAUCUACCGUAUCAAAUCUGACGGCACUGAGCUCAACACUUUGGUGCAGACCGAUGCUUUCGACGAUGCGGGUACGAUAUCUCCCGACGGCACCAAGCUGGCAUAUGUUUCGACACUUGGCAACUUCACGACAAAUAUAUGGGUUAAGGACUUGAGAACAGGUCAAACGCACAAUUUGACGGAUACUGCUGCGACGCGAGGUGACCCUGCGAGUCCUCAAGGGCAUUUUCGUCCAGCAUGGUCGCCUGAUUCAGAGUGGAUUGCCUUCAGCUCCGAUCGAAAUACAGAUUGGACUGGUCAUAGCAACGGAACUGGUUGGGAGCAUACUCAAACGCUCUCGAUCUAUGCUAUUCGACCGAACGGUUCCGAUUUCCGCCGGGUAGUAAGCAAACCCGGCUACUCCCUUGGUACGCCCCAAUGGUCUCCAGAUGGACGCCGAAUUCUUUUCAAUGUUGUUCGCACCGAAGACACGUAUAAUGCACAUGGAAUCUCGAGCUCAGUAGCAAGGGUCACUGGCCAGGUUGCUAGCGUGGAUUUCCAUACCGGCCGUGAUAUUGUCGUAUACACAUCUGGGGAUCACUUGAAGGUCGGCCAACACUGGAUCGGCAACAGCAGUAACAUCGGCUAUUUGAUCAAGGGUGGGGACAAUGAAGGUAUUAACUACACCUUGCCUGACUCCACUCAUAGCGCAUUCAACUUAACCUAUCUACGGGAUCCAUCUUGGUCGCCAGAUGGCACAAAGCUGGUUUUUGAAGUACUGUCAUGGGAUGUACGCUCUGCCGGCAAGCAGCUCUUCAGCUGGGAUGAGGAAUGGGAAUAUCGUUUCAUAGAUACGUUCCCACUAUUGAGCAACACGACCGGUCGUAUAGCUUUGACUGAGAAGCAAUUGGGAAACUCGUCAGUGAUAACAUCCACCGGUAACUUGACAGACCAAAUAGACUCUUUCGACGUGUACAAGGUGUGGUCGAGCAAAAACAAGACCAAUGAGGAGUGGGUGGAAACCGGCACCGGCGGUGCGUUCCAACCAACAUGGAACCAAGAUGGCUCACAAAUCGCCGUCGGACUCGGUGUCUGGUUUGCCGGUCGCAACGACGACACAGGAACGAUCUAUCUGGCUAAUACUACUGGAAAUGGCUUCCAAGACUUGACCAAAACACCCUCUACUCUCAACGCUGGCUUUCCAUCUUUUUCACCCAGUGGUAACAAGCUUGUCUACCGUCUCUGGGACGUUACUAGCCAAUCUCCCUUGGGGCUUAGAAUUCUUGAUCUUGAGACAGGCAGAACCACAAAUCUAACUACUGGCUGGGAUAACACGCCGGGGUGGUCGCCAGAUGGCGAGCGCAUUGUCUUUACUCGUCAAGUAAACUGGACGACAGAAUACGGUAGCCGGUGGUAUGCCGACCGCUUCGAUAUCAUGACCAUUCGACCAGAUGGCAGUGACCUGACUCGCAUCCCUGAUAGUCUGGCUAAUGACGCCCAUGCUGUGUGGUCGUAUGAUGGCCGCAUCCUAUGGAGCAGUGGUCAGUACGCCUUCCGUGACGAAUGUAUUCUGUACGAUCAAACCUUUCAGCCAUACGGACAGAUCAUGGUGAUGGAUGCCGAUGGGUCCAACAAGCGCCUCUUGACUGAUAGUAUGUGGGAAGACUCGAUGCCUAUGUAUUUACCGAAGGACGCUCUAUAA